UGCCUUGUUAGACUAUUGGAAAAUACUUAUUUGCAGCAAAUUGUUACAAAGGUAGAAGUGAGGAACAGAAUUCUAUAGCUUAUAGAAAAGUAUUGACAUAGCUGGAGAGCAGGUACAUUACCUAGCACCCAUCCCCUGUCCUCUUUGUAGUUGGAAGUAUGCCCUGCAGUGCUUUGGAGACGAGAGAAGCUGAAACCAAAAGAUUCUCUACAUAAUGCUGUAUUACAAUGAACCUUUUCAAUGUGUUAAUACAGUAGAACCCCUGUUAUCUGAAUUCCAUAUUCUUCAAUUACCGUAGCUUGUGAUUCAGAUAAAUGGGAAUCACCAAGACAUAAACUUGCACUGUAUAUUAACUCACUGUAUAUUAAUCUCUUUCUAGUAUUAUUUAUAUAAUCUGCAGCAUGAUUUGGCACAUAAGCACAGCAGAUUUAGUUUAUUUUACAAAUUCAGUGCAAAUUCUCUCUUGCACCAAAAAAUGCAUUCAAGUUAUACCUCAAGGUACAAAUCCAAAUUAAUGUUAACCAGGCUUUGCAUGUUCAAGUUUGUAAGCAUAUCCUAGCAGAUUCAUCAGAAAGAAGGCUAGUCAGUGCAAAUGAAAAAUAAGAAACUAUUAUCUGUGUUGCAGCACAUGUAGAAGUGAAGAUAGGAUCUACUUUCAUUCUUUUCCAGCUGCUGGAAGAUUUUAGAUAGUGUUUUGGAAUGCUUCUUUCUUCUAUUUAUAUUCAAGAAUGGAGUAGAGAAGGUCUCGAGGCAACUGAAGCCCUAUGGUAAAUUGAUUGAAGUACAUGCAGGUGGAUAAUUUGUGAAUUUUGUUCCUGGCACUACAACAAGAGAUGAUGCUGAAGGUAGCUUUUCUGAACAUCAGAAGUGCAGAUAAAGUUUAUUGUUUUGUGGGAUUGUUUAGUUGGAUGUAGUGCUGCUCUUUAAAGAUUAGGCCAGCCUCAUUAAACAUAGGUGUAUAUUAACCACUUCGAUCUACAGCUUCUGCCUGUCUUCAUGUUUAGCAUUUGGUUGGUGCUGAAUGCUUACUUCAUUUUUAGGUUUAACUUGUUCAUGCAACUGAAGCUUAUCUAAUCUUUUUUUUCCUGAAGGAAAACAAACCUGGAGUCCAGAAUACCUCAUCCUCCUUUAGUGCUGUGCUACCUCCCUGCUGACUGUCAGGGAUGGGAAGGGCAAUAGGUAUUGCCCCCUGUAAAAUGGGUGAAUGGGUAUGUUUGGUUUUGAGGUGGGAAAAAAAUGCCAUCCAAUCCUGAUAUUCAUUUUGAAGCUCAAAGAUGACAUAGAAACUGCACGCCAGGGAGGAAUGCCCACUGAGGAGGAAGAAAGCAGCUCUGCACUCCUCUGUGAUUGGGACUGACUGUGUUGUUGCUGGGUGGAACAGCGUAAUGCUGUUGCUGCUCCUGCUCCAGCACAGUGAUGUUUCUGUUCCAGAUUGUGCUGACUCACAUUCAAGAAAAUAUGAUACACAGACACAAUGCACUGUAACUCUUUUCCUUCCCCUCAGUAACCUCGGUAAGUGUUUGGUUUCUUUUUCCUCUCUUUGGCUAGUGUGGUGCUAAUAUAGCUUUACUGUUAGAAUUAAUAGGAAGGGGAAAGGCAACCUUGUAAACAAACUGGUAGCAGACAGAUUAAUCUUGGAGAGGGCAUUUAAAUGCAACCUGCUGUUUGUGGUACCUCCACCUCCCUUUAAAGCUGAUCAAUCCCGAUAACUCACCCAUCUCUACAAACUACACUUGUUAGAGCUGUGUUCUUAAAUGGGAGAAGUGCUUACAAUGCCCAUUUACAACUGUAUUCUCUUUAAUUAGUCAGCACAGCCAGUGCUGCAGGGAUAGAUCACUUGCCUUUAAAGAUUUGAGAAUGUUAAUAGUACAGUAAAUCAUUUUAAUUAUUAUUGGAUUAAUGUUGUGUCUCGAAGAACAUCUAAUGCAAAUCACAAGAAAUGGCCUGAAGUGACCCAAGGGUUGUGCUUUAUUAGAAAAGUAAUAGGUCCAUUGCUUAAAUAUAAAAAGAGGUUCUUUCUUCAAAUGUCACUCGGCACUGGGCUUUUCCAUGUGUGUAUGUGGAAAUGAAAUCCUUUUACUUCCACUUUGUCCACAGAAAGUUUCUGUAGCUCAUGCAUUAAAUGGCUGAGACAGCAGCUAUAAUAUCAAGAGAUGAAGAGGAGAUCCAAAACAGCAGUGAUGAUGAAGACCUAUUUCCGACUCAUGAUGCUGUAUCAGCAUCCCCUGGUUGCUCUGCCAGCCCUUCUCUAGACAGCCUUGAUGAAGACAAGGGAAGCUCAGCAGUGCCAGAAAGACUGUCUGUCCUCUCCAGCAGGGCAGUGGCCCAGCUAAAAGCCCUGACUGGCCCAGAGAUGGGUAGUGGUGGCCAGGCACAGAGGACAGCCCCGGGGCUGGCUGAGCGUCCUCUGGCAGCCGUAGAUGCAUUGUUAGGUUCCUCCUUGUGCCCUGCAGCAGCUGAUAACCUGCUGCCUGUGGACCUUGCCUCCCUGCAUGCCAAAAGCGGAGGCAAAUUGCAUUCCGAGGCGCUGCAGGCCCCAAGGGUGCCCGGUGAGGCCGGCGAGGCCGUGCAGGCUGGGACUGACACGCAGCAGGCAGCGAGCGUCAUCGAGGGCAACGCGGCCUCUUGCGGUUUGGGCCGUGUGGUUUGGAUGAAGGCCACAACAGUAUUGGAGACCUUAGAAAAUAAGAAAAAGGAGGAAAAGGAGAAGUACCGGCUCCAGCUAGCUAUGUACCGACGGCUGCUGCUGCUGCGCUCCAUCAGGAGUUUGCACAGGCAGCUGGAGCAGCAGCAGGCCAGGCUGCAGGAAUGCUAUGGCACCGUGAUAAAUACAAAGAAAGAAGUGUUGAAACACAUUUGCUCAACCUCGCCCUCACCUUUGCCAUAAUCGUGUUGUUGCCUGCAGAAAUGAGCUUUGCAAUGCCACCAGAACCCCCAGUAAGCUUGCAUGCCAUAGGGGUGGUGUCCUCCUGUGCGCCAAGCAGAGAGGAAACAGCAGCAACAGAUCAACAAGAGAGGAGACAAGGCACAGCAUUGGCCACUGAAUUUAUCUGGAGGAAAAGAAAAGAAGGGUGAACUUGUGCAAGAAGCUGAGUCCUGAUGCCCGCCCAUUCAAAGCCUCAAGUGUAUUUUGGGACUCGAAAGCCAGUGAGAAAGUUCCAGAAUGACAUGGGUAACUCUUGGAGGUGUUUUCAAGCAUAUCAGACUGAGCAGCAGUCUGAGGUUGAAUUAAAGUGUUUCCUCUCAUAUUGUUUGACCUCCGCAUGUUUUUAAGAAGUUUGGUCAUUUGGGUGAGGUCCAAAGAAAUUUCUUAAAAUUUGUAUUUUUAUCUGAAUUCAACUCAUGGCCCUCAAAGGAACUGGGCUGAUGAUGACAAAAUGAGGAGUUUCAGUAGGGCCUUUCUCCUCGUUAUCUUUACUGGCUGCCAGAGAUUGCCAAACUAAUGAAUUCUAUGAGAAAUUUUUCCUGCAACCCAACAACUUGUGUACUUUUACAGCAAAGGUUGAAGAUAAAUGAUAUUGCCUGAGUCAUAAGAUCCUGCUGCUCACCUAUUUCUGAAAUGGCAGAAAAUAAGAAUGGGUUUACUGUGAAAGAGUGGAAUAUUUAAAAGCUGUCAGCCCUCUUGGAAUGGAAACACUAAAAAAGUUGUAGCUUGUGCCAACCUAAACCCAAGAAACAUUCAAGAACAGAAUGGAGUUAUACAUACAU